AUGAAGGACAAUACUGCACACUUGACCGAAUUACCGCACCAUUCUUUGCCAUUGCUUUUCUUCUUACGUGAUGCUGCUGUCUGCAACCAAACCAAGCAGAGCAGUUCACACAAACUCGAGUCGGCAAUUCCUCAGUGGAGAUCUAAGUUUCAACUAAAGUACUUGGCCCAAAAAACAUGUCAAGAACACGAGAUUUUGCUUGUCGAGUUGGAGGGUCGCGACAGGGAACAGCAACUUCUGAUCAACCAACUUCAAGUGGAUAUUAAAAUAAAGGAAUCAAUAAUAGAUCAGCUGAAGCAGGCGAACGCGAAAUAUGCAGACAGAAUUGAGGAGCUAGAAGAAGAGAUUAAGGCUCUAGAAGAGGAGCUCAGGAAGAUGGAGUCUCUAGAAGAGAUGGAGGAGAUGAUCUCGGUGCUGAAACAGAAGAACCAGCGGGUGGAAGAGCUUGAAGAAGCUCUGCGCCAGAGCGUCACCAUCACGACAGAGAUUGAGAUCGAGAAGGAACAAGAGCGAGACAAGAUGAAGUUCAUUACGGAGAAGCUAGAGAAGUUAGAGCGGAACCUGCAGAAGGCAAAAGCGGACCGCGCUAAGGACGCUCCGUGUCGCGAGUGCGCCGAACUCAGCCACAAACUCCAGCGCACCUCCGACCAACUCGCGACCAUGAUGGCUCAGCGGCGCCAGCAUCUCGAGGAACUCUUUCACAUGAAGCGUGAGGCGCUGAUGUCAGCGCUGAGUGAGAAGGACGCGCACAUCGCACUGCUGCAGGAGGGACAGCGCACCGACCCUCGCACCGCACACGUGGAGCACCAGCGGCUGACACAUGAGCGCACCGCCGUGCUGCGCGCCAUACAGCACCAGGACGAGGAACAGAUGAAACUGCUUGCUGAAUUUGGAGGCCCACCCGGCGACUCACGUGGACAAAAGCUUCCCGGCUCACCUCCCAUGGCGGAAUUUGGGUCGCUAAAGACGCCAAGCACCGAAGGCGACGAUGACGUAUUUGUGUCUCCUAAGAAAUUCGAUGAUAGCGGCGCCUCCGAAGUCAACAAUGUAUUUUCACCCGCUAUUACUUCGUCUCCUGAGUCUGCCGACGAACCGUCUACCAAACAAGGCCUAUCGAAGGGUUACAAUUAUCAGGAGCCCGUUCAGGAUCAACAACAAGAAAUUAGCGUCUGUCAUCGGCCUCUCAAAGUUUGCACCUACUCAUCCAAAGAGUUUCGUCAGAAGCACUCUUAUGACGCUCCUGGGCCUUCCGAACGGUCAGGGAUGAGCGAUAUUCCUUCAACUUUAUUCGCAGAGUCGAGAAAGCCUACGAAUAUUGGACCCUCCACGACUACUUCUACAGGUACCACCCAAGCUGAUGUAAAGACUAGAGCUUCGUGCAUGUCGGAAGAUCUCGUGACGGCUUCCAGCUCAACUUCAUACACUUUCCACUCGGCCGCCAAAGAUCGUGAGCCCAGCGCAGAAGGUUGUAGUGCUCACCCGAGUGUUGAUGACAGUCUUGUCGGAACUGAGUUCUUCUCGCUGUCAGAAAUGGCUGCAGAAGACAACAGCGUCCUUGAAACCGAAAGUAAAACUGAAGUCGAGAGUAUUUCUGCGACUGAAGCUCCGUCUUCUGACAGUGACUCAGAAGCCGAGAGUCUGCAGAAUUGCGAGAAAGCAGCCGAUGCGGAAGUUGGUAUAGACAAAUCUUUAAAGGAUGCUGAAGGAAAGAAGAAAUUGUCUCUUUCAGAGUCUUUUGAAGCGCAGCGUCCGCUAGCAUUUGUCUCGCGUCUCGAGCGUCGUCCUGAGCCUCGUCUGGACUCGCGUCUCGAGCGUCGUACUGAGCCUCGUCUGGACUCGCGUCUCGAGCGCCGUCCUGAGCCUCGUCUGGACACGCGUCUCGAGCAUCGUCCUGAGCCUCGUCUGGACUCGCGUUUCGAGCGUCGUCCUGAGCCUCGUCUGGACCCGCGUCUCGAGCGCCGUCCUGAGCCUCGUCUGGACACGCGUCUCGAAGUCUGGACUCGCGUCUCAAGCGUCGUCCUGAGGCUCGUCUGGACUCGCGUCUCAAGCGCCGUCAUGAGCCUCGUCUGGACUCGCGUCUCGAGCGUUAAUUGA